AUGUCGCUGAAGCGGAACUGCCGGGAGCGGCUCUUCAGCGUGAUCGAGAAGGUCACCCAAGUGAGCAAGUACCUGAUCAUGGUGGUGGACCCCAGCGCGCAGCAAGUGCUCUCCAUGAUUUGCAGGAGCGAGGAGCUGCUGGAAAGGGGGGUGUCGCUCGUAGAACAGAUCGACGCGAAGAGAAGCCAGCUGCAAAAUUUCGACUGCCUCUAUUUCCUCAGUUCCAAAGUGGAAGUCGUGGAGAGGAUGCUGGACGACUUCACAAAUGAGGAAGAAGCAAUGUACCAUAAUGUGCACAUUUUAUUCACCUCCAAUGUGGGGAAGAAAAACAGAGAAAUUUUGGACCUUCUGGCAGCUAGCCAUUUUCUUCUUAAGAGGAUGAAAACGUGUGCAUGCUUUAACAUCCCCUUCUUUGCAUUUGAAAGUAGAGCCUUUUACCUGGACCAUCAUUUAAAUUUGCACGAUUUUUACCCCUUAAAGGAUUCGAGCAUUUUAGGAGAGCUUGCUUUGGAGUUACUUUCCGUUUGCUGCUGCUUGAAGAGCAACCCUGUUGUGCGCUACCUGAAUUCUCCCCUGUGCAGGCAGUUUGCCGAAGUUUUUUCGAACUGUGUGAGUGACUGUAACAUUUUGGAGAGCUCCCAGGGGGGGGACGAGGACGUCUUGCUGAUUUUGGACCGGUCGGUCGACUGCUCCAUUUUGUUCGUGCAUGACUAUGCCUACCAGAGUCUCUGCUACGACGUCCUGCGGAUUAGGGCGGAGCAGCCAAAGCAGUCGAAGCAGGCGAAGCAUGCGGAGAAGCCGAAUCAGGGCAAACCGGGGCUGCUUCCCCAGGGGGGGGGCGACCAGGCAGGAGAGGACCCACAUACUGUGAGCUUCGAAAUUACAAACAACGACCAACGGAAGGAGGUGAAGAGAGCCACCCUCUCGGAGGAGGACAGCCUCUGGGUCAAGUACAGACACACGCACAUCCAGGAUGUAAACGAAAUGAUAAAAAAUGACAUCGCCUCAUUUACAGAAAAAAAUGCAAUCGCGAAGAUUAAAAAGAAAAAUGUGUUAACCCCGAAUGAAGCGCUAGAUGCUUUGAGGUCCCUUCCGCAAUAUGAAACGAUGAUUGAGCAGUACUGGCUACACGUCUACCUAUGUGAUAGCUGCUUCCAAACUUUGGAAAAGAAAAACGUUGUGGAAGUCGGUAUGGUAGAACAAGACGUGUGCUGUAAUGUUGAUACUUAUGGGAAGGAACUCACUUACACAAAAAAUUCUGCAAAUGUCCUUUCUAUCCUCAGCAGCAGUGACUACCAGCAGGAGGAGAAGGCCAGACUGCUCCUCCUUUACCUCUUUAAUUAUGAAAAUGUAAGCGAGCUGGACAAGGAAAGACUCAUCGAGUCGUCUCAACUGGGUCUCUUUAUGGAAAAGUUCGUCGAGCACUUCCUCGGUUUGAAGAUGCACUGCGGUCAGGGUACCCACGUGGAGAGGCACCCCGGAGAGGAAAACCCCCCAGCCUGUAAACCAUCCCACGUGCUCGAAAGGAACAAAAAGAAGAUCAAGCACUAUAAGACCGUUGCAAAGGGAGCGAAGUACGAACUGAGUAGAUACGAACCGAACGUUAAAGAUAUCAUUACGGAGCUACAUGAGGACACUUUGCACAGGGGAGACUACCCCUUCGUGGAUGCCAACCGGGGGUCCUCCUCCGACCAGCAUGUGAAAGAGCAGCACCCCUCUGCAGGGAAGAAGGCCAACGUCACCAGGGGAACUGUGUGGGAGUUCAAAUCCGUGGAAAGGACGGAGGCCCAAAUGGGGGGUAAAAAAAAAAUUAUCGUUUUCAUCCUUGGGGGGGUUACCUUCCCGGAAAUUCGGCAGGCGUACGAGCUGUCCGAGCAGCUGGGCGUGGACGUGUAUGUGGGCGGCACGUCCCUGCUCACCAGCGAGGUGCUCUUCCAGCAGUUCAGGCGCUUCCCCGGCGGGUAG